AUGACGGCUCCAAGUGCAUCUACUUAUUGCUUUAUCUUCAUGGUGAUGGGAUUCACUUUCAUGAAUAUGGUGGGGUGUUCAGCAAAACAGUAUGUGGUGGGGGAUGACAAAGGAUGGGAUCCUACCUCAGAUUUCAAAGGAUGGGCUUCCUGCAAGAUCUUCCAUGUUGGAGAUAAUCUUUGGUUUGCUUAUGCUUCCUCUCAAAAAAGCGUAUUGGAGCUGAAGAGCCGAGAAGAGUUUGAGAAUUGUGAUGUGAGCAAUCCAAUCAAGCUAUAUGAUGGAGGGCUUGAUGCAGUCCCACUCAUUGAAAUGGGUGACAAAUAUUUUACCAGUGGAAAUGCAGAAGACUGUCAACAUGGAAUGAAAGUGCACAUUAAUGUUUUAUCUGAUGGACUCGACAAUGGCCAAUCUAACAAUUUCGAUGUAGUUUCAGAUGGGCUUGACAAAGUGGCCAAAGAUUUGGGUUUAGAUUUAUUAUCAGAUGGAAUGGAGCAUUAUAUUGCUGCUUCUACUGGUGAUGAUUCGAUGGAGGAGGGGGCAAUAAAGGAGGUAAUUGCUGAAGGGCCCACAUCAUCACGAAGGCAAUUAUCUGAUUGCCCUCCAUCAAUUCUCAUAAACCUCACACUCUCCAUUUGUGGCACUAUUAUCACCAUGCUUAUCUACGCCAUGCUUUAG